AUGACAUGCGUCCAUAACGCAUGGAAGGCCGAAUACCACCAAAAAUGUGACAGAAAUCAUCCAGCCAACGAAUGGGCUGACCGCGUACCAUUUGACUUGGGUGAUAUAGGCGUGUUUGACCAUGCAUACAGACUUUCCAAUGAGGUUUUCACUCAGGACAUGGCAAAAGGUUCCCGGCAAAAAGAUUCAGAAAUUUCUUCCCUGCUGAGCUGUUUUCUUUGUGGAACACUUUCUCCCAUACCAGUCAACAACAUUAAAAGCGAAAUGCGGGUGGAUGUUGUGAAAAACCCAGCAGCCAUGCCGAUUCUGCACCCAGUGAAACGCAGAAUAGACACAGAAGUUAAGUCCUACCGUGGACCAUGUCAGGACAUUACCAAUGUCACAGCCGAGUUUUGCAGUCCACCAAAGAGGGCUAAAAAUGCUCCCAUGACAGUAACAAGCAAAGAGAUGGCAGCAUUCUUCAGACUCUUUGAUGAUACCCUGAUUCAAGAUUUCCUCUGGAUGGACAGUUGUGCGAGGGUAGCAGACAAGUAUCUUCUUGCAAUGGUGUUUGCAUAUUUCAAGAGAGCAAACUACACAACCAAGCAGUACACAAGAAUAAACUUCUUUGUUGCCCUAUACCUUGCAAAUGACAUGGAAGAAGAUGAAGAGGAAAGCAAGUAUGAGAUAUUCCCUUGGGCUCUCGGCCUCGCAUGGAGAGAUAAGUAUCCACACUUCCUGAAGAAGAGAGACAAAAUGUUAAGGACCAUUGACUACAGAGCAGCUGUGAGUCGAAAAUGCUGUGAAGAGCUGAUGGCCAUAUCUCCUGAUCAUGUCAUCUGGUUAAGAGAGCGUCCAUUACACCAUUCCGGUGCCAUCAGGCAAUAUGACAACAACCUCAACAGUGAGGAUGACAAUGAUGAGACGUGCCCCCGAGGUCCAGGCUUGUCCCCUGUCCAUUGCGAGCUGUGUGCUGAGAGUGGAAGCUUUGCCUACUGUUCCCCUAGUUCCAUCAUGACUGGGAGCCCAUGUCAUCUGUAUCUGUCAUCGUGUACUAACACAUCCACUGAUAGUCUAGAAGAGCCACCAUCCCACUUCACACCCAGCAGAUUUGAUAUGCAUGGUUUAAAGAGCACCUUGCAGGAUGUCCCAUAUGAUGCUUCUUACUUUUGGGGGUGAGAAAAACAAAAGUUGCUUUAUACUUAAAAUGUUAAAAAUCAACAUCGUUUCACAGUAUAUUUUAUCUGAAAUAAUUAUGAGAAGUUUUAAAGAAGAGAGUGUAAGUAUUAUGAGCUAUUAUUCAGAGAGCCAGUUCAUAUAUACAUUUUAAUUUAACCCCUUUUAUUUUAACAAAAUCUUGGAACUGAUGUUCAUAUUUUGUCAAAUUUGUUUCUUAGAAAUUAAGGAAUAGUUCAUAAAUCUUACCUUUUGUUGUAGUUGGGAAUGGCAUGGAACUUAACUAAUUUAUGAAAUAUAGUUCAAUUAAGUUUGAGAUGUGUAUAUAUUUAUUGUGUUAUUUACUAUUUCAACCUAUUUAAAAACCUUGCCUUAACCAAUAUUUAUUUGUAUAUACUGUAUUGUGAUUUGUUGUUAUUUAUUUAUUGUAUUACAAAAAUGAUACACAUCUUUAUUUAAAUGAAGUUUAUAAGAUAUCCAAAUCAUAUAAAUUUGUCUAACCAAAGAAAACUUGAAGAUUUGUUUAAUACAAGAAAGAUUAUACAAAAUACAAAACAAGCAUGGUUGAAAAAAAGAAAACAUUUAGAUUUUUACACUCGGUAAUAUGCAGUUGCGUGAAUUCAAAUUGAUUUAUAAAUAUUCAACAAAAGUAUUGAAAAUUGGUUUUAAUAUUUAAUCACUACAUAUUGUAUAUAAAAUAAAACUCUAUAAGUUAUGAUUUAAAAUUAAAAACAAAAACAGAAAGGACUCUUACUGGAUAGUUAUUAAAACAGAUACGCAAACAAGUUUGGAUGCCAGGGUUUUAAGGGGUCUGACCCAAUGUGGGGUCAAGCUGGCCCUAAAACUGGUUACAGUUAGAUAAGUGAACUUGGAUUCUACUUCAGCUUGACCCAUGUUCUGGGUCAUUUGCACAGAGAUUCUGUGCCAUACUGACCCUGAUUUGGUCAGUAUGACAGGAGUCAUACUGACCUGAAAUGGAUCGGUAUGACAGGACCUGGAAUCCAGGUCAAGUCUGAAUCCAGGGGUGGAUUUAACAAA